AGGGGUUGGUUCAUGGGAAGAGACUGCAGCACAGUGAACAGUGGCUCCUGCAGCUGAACUACAGUGAGCGCAUACACUGGACUCAGGGUUCUCUGGGCCUUUAUUUGCUUGCUGCCAUGAGUCAGCUGCUCUCUGACGCAUCUAAGGAGGAAGAUGUAUGCAAAUACUUUAAGAUGAUUAAGGAAGAAAACAGAAUCAUUUCUCAGAAAACCAUCACUCCAAUUGAGUUACACCUGGCACAAGGAAACAUUCAGAAGACAAAUAAUGUAAUUACUGAUUCAUUAAGAGAAAUUAGCAGUACCUCACUCAAUAUUGCUGUAAUAGGAGAGUCUGGAACUGGGAAGUCCAGUUUCAUCAACGCCUUUAGGGGGAUUGGACAUGAAGAGGAAAAUUCAGCUCCAAUUGGUGUGGUGGAAACAACCAUGAGGAGAACUCCAUACAAGCACCCCAAGAUUCCCAAUGUGGUUAUUUGGGACCUGCCUGGGAUUGGAACCACAAAUUUCCCACCCAAAGAUUAUCUGGAGAAAAUGAAAUUCAACGAGUAUGAUUUCUUCAUCAUUGUUUCCGCCACACGCUUUAAGAAAAAUGAUAUAGACCUCGCCAAAGCAGUCAGCAUGAUGAAGAAGGAUUUCUACUUCGUGAGAACCAAGGUGGAUAUAGAUUUAGAAACUGAGAAAGGAUGCAAACAUGCCUUUGGCAGAGAAAACUUACUGCAGCAGAUACAACGCCAUUGUGUCGAUACCUUUAAGAAAAACAACCUGCAUGUACCACCGAUCUUCUUGAUCUCUAACAAAAAUUCUUCUGACUAUGAUUUCCCAAUCCUGAAGGACAUGCUGAAAAACAAACUUUCUACUCCCACACUUCCAAACUUUAUGUAUUUUUCACUGAGUAAGGCUGAGGCAGUCAUUGAAAGAAAGCGUGAGUCAAUGCACCGGUUUAUCUGGCUAGAAACCAUAAAGAAUGAAGCUUGGACAAGUCUUUCUGUAAAGGGCAUCCUCAAGGACAGUGAUAUGGAGAAGUUGAAGGUGAUUUUAAACCACUAUCGAAAGCUCUUUGGAGUUGAUGAUGGAACCUUGAAACUCAUGGCAAAGGAUUCCCAAGUGCCUGUUGAAAAACUGAAAAAAGUCAUUAAAUCUCCUUAUUUGUUGGACACUAAGAAAAGAGAAACAUUAGAAGGAAAACUUUUGAAAUAUUUGGAGAGAUUUGCCUCAGCCAAUGGUGGGCUCUUGGCUACAGGUCUCUACUUUAGGAAAACCUUUUACUUAAAACUUCUGUUCCUUGACACAGUGGCUGAAGAUGCCAAAGUUGUCCUUAGAGAGACAUACUCAAAAAUUAGUUCAAACUCACAUCACCCACAGCUACUGACCACGGAUAGGUGUUACUCUUUCCUCGUGUCCUUGACAGGAUUUGUGGUUGUAUGUUUUGUUUUGUCUUAUCUUAGACUUUGGACAUGGAAUGAGGUGUAAUAUCCAAAUAAUUUUUUCAAUAUUCAGAUUAUUUUAAUCUUACUAUAUAAUAACACAAAUAUGUAAUUUUAAACAUAUUAACACGAGUUAACUCUGCAAUAGCCUGUUUAUUCAAUUACUUGUAAGGCUAGGACUCCAACCCAGGCUUUGUAGAUGCUAGGCAAGCAUUUUAUCACUAAACUAUGCACCUCACCUUGUGAAAGCUUUUAGAUUUAAGUAAAACAAUUGUCUGACUAUUCUGAAAUUCUGAACUUAUAUAAUUUAAUUGCCGUAUCUGCUCAUCUAACAAAAAAGGAUAGAAUGUAGAUUACAUAUUGUUAUUGUUCUGACAAAUAAUGUAAAUGAAAUAGGUCUUCAAUUUCAACAUAAUCAUAUGUAACAAACCAAUUAUCACACAUUUUUAAGCUGUUCAUAGUAAGUCAUAAUUAAUUUAAAUUCCUAUGACAUCAACUUAUAUUGGGGAACACUCAGACCCUUUGUUUCCCUUCCUGAUUACCCUAACCCUCCCUAAUAAUGUGGCAAAAACAUGUGAAGGCUGGGUUUUGUUGUUGCUCUUGUUUGUUUUUAUAAGAUUUUUCUGUACUUUCUUAUGACCCCAUUGAUUUCUAUAAAACUGCUUUGCAAGUACUCUUGAUUUUACCCUUAAGAGAGCACUAAGAAAUGAACUCAGAGUUGCUCUCUUUAAUGGGACCAGAGAGUCAGUCUCUUGCCAGGUCUCAGGUACAUCACAAUAAAAACCAAGUUUCUUUCAAAUUU